UUACUUUCUUACCUUGAACAGUGCUCCCUUCUGUUUUACUGCACCCACUACGCUUCCCAUGAUCACAUCUCUCUCUCUCUGCAUUCUUUGUGUUUCUGUCCCCUCAUGCUCUCACUCAUUGAAGAAAAGAAGGGCUGUGCUGAUUAACAUGUAAAAAGACUCGGAAGGCAGUGUGGGUGGGCUCUCUCUUUCACUCUCAAAUGCAGAGCUUCUAUUUCCUUGUCUUACCGUUUUUUGUCCUUUGAGUGGCGACUGAGAACAAGAACAAUGGGAAGAAAUUGGGUCAUUGUACUUCUCCUUUUUGUGAUGUUAUUAGGUCUGUGUUCAUCAGCUUCAGCCACACCUCCUGCAAAAAUUAUUAGUGGAGUGGUCUCAAAUGUGGUCUCUGCUCUUUUUAAGUGGUUGUGGUCACUAAAAUCUACCACCAAAACAGCAAUUUCAAGCCAUUCAAUGAUGAAAUUUGAGGGUGGGUACACUGUUGAGACGGUGUUCGAUGGAAGCAAGCUUGGAAUGGAACCAUUCUCUGUGGAGGUAUCCCCAAGUGGGGAGCUUCUAGUUUUGGAUUCUGAAAAUAGCAACAUUUACAAGAUUUCAACGCCGUUGUCUCGUUAUAGCAGACCCAAGCUGGUUGCUGGAUCACCAGAAGGGUACUCUGGGCAUGUGGAUGGGAAGCCAAGAGAAGCAAGGAUGAACCACCCAAAAGGGCUCACUGUAGAUGACAGAGGAAAUAUAUAUGUUGCGGACACCAUGAACAUGGCAAUCAGAAAAAUUAGUGAUGCAGGGGUUGUAACCAUAGCAGGAGGGAAGUGGAGCAGAGGAGGAGGUCAUAUUGAUGGUCCAAGUGAAGAUGCAAAGUUUUCAAAUGAUUUUGAUGUGGUUUAUAUUGGAAGCAGUUGCUCUCUUUUGGUCAUUGACAGAGGAAACCAGGCAAUUCGAGAGAUCCAACUCCCUGAGGAUGAUUGUUCCGAACAGUAUGAUGGUAAUCUCAAUUUAGGUAUAGCGGUGCUUGUUGCAGCUGGCUUCUUUGGUUACAUGCUGGCUUUGCUACAACGUAGAGUUGGAGCUAUGUUUUCAUCCCACAGUGAUCCAAGAGCUUCAAUGAAAACCAUACCACAACCACCAUAUCAGAGGCCUCUUAAAUCAGUCAGGCCCCCGAUAAUUCCUACUGAAGAUGAGUAUGAUAAACCAGAAGAGGGUUUGUUUGGUUCCAUAGGGAGGCUUUUCCUCAAUACAGGCACAUCUGUGGUUGAAAUCUUUGGAGGACUAUUUUCGGGUUUUAGGAAAAAGCCACCCCACCAUCAUAUCCAACACCAUUAUCAUCAACCAAAACAUCCAAAUGCUUGGCCUGUGCAAGAGAGCUUUGUGAUUCCAGACGAAGACGAGCCACCAUCAAUAGAACCGAGGGACCCUACUCCAAGAAAAGCCUACCCAUUUAUGACUAAUGAAGUAGAAAAGACCCGCCAUUUCAAGCAAAGCCGGGCCUAUUAUGGUGGAUGGAAUGGUGAUUUUCACCACCAGCAACAGCAACAGCAACAGCAACAGCAGCAGGUGCAGCAACUGCAACAGCAUCAACAGCACCAUCAAAAGCACUACUCAUCCUCCCCUCAGACUUACUAUGAGCAGAACUGUGAGACAAAUGAGAUUGUGUUUGGGGCAGUUCAGGAACAGGAUGGACGGUGCGAAGCUAUGGUAAUCAAGGCUGUUGACUAUGGAGAUCCUAUUUAUAACAAUCAAAAUGUUCGAUCUAGAUAUAACUAUGUGGGUUACUCAUAUGGGUAUUGAUCAUUUGUACCUUCAUAUUAUUAGAUCACUAGGGAGUGUAUAAGCUUUGAAGAUAGGAAUGUGGGAUAUGAAUGUAAUAGCUAUGCAAUGUUACUUUUCAUCUUUUUUCUUUUCUUUCUUUCUUUCAAGAAGAAUGAUGAGUUUCCAAAGU